GCCGGCAGCGGCCUCAGCCGUCAGACUCGUGUUUGCGGCAGGGGAGUUGUAAACGCAUCCUCCUGUGGUUCCUGGUGUUUGGGCCUUAACUAUAACGGUGGGGAAAGACAUGGCCCUGUUGUGCUACAACCGGGGCUGCGGCCAGCGCUUCGAUCCCGAGAACAAUUCCGAUGAUGCUUGCACAUACCACCCAGGUGUUCCAGUCUUUCAUGAUGCAUUAAAGGGUUGGUCUUGCUGUAAGAGAAGAACAACUGAUUUUUCUGAUUUCUUAAGCAUUGUAGGCUGUACAAAGGGUAGGCAUAAUAGUGAGAAGCCACCUAAGCCAGUCAAGCCUGAAGUCAAGACUACUGAGAAGAAGGAACUAUCUGAAUUGAAACCCAAAUUUCAGGAGCACAUCAUUCAGGCUCCUAAACCAGUAGAAGCAAUUAAAAGGCCAAGCCCAGAUGAACCAAUGACAAAUUUGGAAUUAAAAGUAUCUGCCUCCCUAAAACAAGCACUUGAUAAACUUAAACUAUCUUCGGGGAAUGAAGAAGAUAAAAAGGAGGACAAAAAAAAAAAAAGUGAUGAAAUUAAGAUUGGGACCUCGUGUAAAAAUGGAGGGUGUUCAAAGACAUACCAGGGUCUGCAGAGUCUAGAAGAAAUCUGUGUGUAUCAUUCUGGAGUACCUAUCUUCCAUGAAGGGAUGAAAUACUGGAGCUGUUGUAGAAGAAAAACUUCUGAUUUUAAUACUUUUUUAGCCCAAGAGGGUUGUACUACAGGGAAACACAUGUGGACUAAAAAGGAUGCUGAGGAAAAAGUUGUUUCAUGUAGACAUGAUUGGCAUCAGACUGGGGGUGAAAUCACCAUUUCAAUAUAUGCUAAAAAUUCACUUCCAGAACUUAGUCGAGUAGAAGCAAAUAGUACAUUGUUAAAUGUGCACAUUGUAUUUGAAGGAGAGAAAGAAUUUCAUCAAAAUGUGAAGUUAUGGGGUGUGAUUGAUGUAAAACGAAGUUAUGUGUCUAUGACUGCAACCAAAAUUGAGAUCACCAUGAGAAAAGCUGAACCCAUGCAGUGGGCAAGCCUUGAACUGCCUGCAACUAAAAAGCAGGAAAAGCAAAAGGAAGAUACAACAGCUUGAUUGGAGAAAGGAAAAACCACUGCCUGUAUCAGCAUUCUUAAUAAUGUGUGAUGAAUUGGUGGCUUGCUGCUAUAAAUUUUUGUUUUGUUAUUGUUGAAGUCUGGCAUUUCAGGGUCAACAGUAGGAUUUUAAAAACCAAAGUCAUUUUAUAUAUUUGUGUCUCGCAUAUUCCUUUUGAGUUCCAUAAGACUGAUUGUUCAUUUCUCCUCACUAAUGGAACCGUAGUUACGUUCUCUACUUGAAGAAGUUGGAAAUCAGUUCAUAAACAGAGUUGUAGUACUUCUUAGUAUAUUUAUAUUGAACAGAAGAAUAUUAAGGAACUUUUUCUUUUUUCAUAUUUUUCUCUUAUCCCAUAUUUUGUAAAGCAAAGUGGAAUGUCAAAUUUUAAUCAUUUUUUCAUGUAUUUUUAUUCCUGUAGUACUUGAAAAUCUUUAAGGAGGAGAUAAAGCUCUGCAUUUUUUUUUUUCUAUUUGGGAUGGUUACUUUUUUCUAGAAGGUAAUGUAGCAAGCAAGGAGGAACAUGUGCAUCAUUAACAAAUUAGAAUUCAGUUACAGUUAAUUGAAUUAAAAUAUUAUUUCAGUGUCCAUAGUACUUGCCAAGCAGUAUGAGGUAAUUGUAUAGGAGGCAUUAUAAAUAAGACUAUUGAGAUAUCAAUUUGGUUGAAAUUCACCAUCCUAUAAGACUAAGCAAUAAUGUUAAGUAUCGUUUUGCUGAUUAUUUGAAGGUCCUCUGUAUAGUGUUAUGACUAAAUUCUACCUGAUUUACAGCCUAAUACUCAUUUAAAGCCUUUAAUUAGUUACAUAGCAAAAGAAAUUUUAUCUGGCCUCAUUGAUGAAAAACUGUAUGUAUAGAACUGUGGAUUCUUAAAGGCUUGUAAAAAUACAUUAGGGUAUGAGAAGAUGUAAAUGCUUUGCUUUUCGACAACAGUCUCAUAUAUUAAAUAUAAAAUAGCUUAAUUCUUUUUAGACUUUCAUGAAGUGCUUGACAAUUCUUUGUGAUAUAAUGUUGAUUAUAUAUUGUACUUUGUUUUAAUGUAGGUAUCACAGAAUUAGAUUGUUUAUGCUCUUCGGGCCCAUUAAAAGGGUAGGUUGCUUUGUGCCAGAGUGCAGAGCUCAAGAAAAAAAUUAAAAUUAAAAAAUAUUAUGAAAGAAAAAUCUCUGGUAAAACAUAGUUUGGGUAUGAAUUAUGCUUAUAUAGAUUAAAAUGAUUAUUCUCCCAGCCCCUAGAGUGUUUUUCUUUUCUUGUAAUUAAUUAAAUUCUCAGAAAAUCUUACAGAAGUAUAGUUUUAUUUAAUGGAUUAAAACAUGUAUUUCAUUCUACUACCCUUAGUAGAUUACUGUUGGUUGUAGUUAGGUAGGUAACGAACGGUUUAGCUCUGUUACAAAGAAAGACUCAAAAAGUCCUACCAGGCUUUUAGGACAUUGAAAUCCCAUGGCAAGAAAUUUGGGGCAGUAAAAAUUGUAACCAAGUAGAGUACCUAAGUAUCCAGUAAUUAGAGUCGUAUUUAGAUUUUUUGAAAGUUACCUUUUAUUAUUUAUAAACCUGGGUUCAUUUAGAGACAUGAAAUCUUUAUUGUUUGGGUGUUAAGACAUUGGAACUUGAUUUCAUUCAAAGUAAUAAUUACUAUACCUUUUUAAAUACUGCCUUCCUGAUACUUUUCCCCUAAAUAUAAUAUCUUAUUUCGUUAUGUGAAGGUAAACUAUUAUUUAAAGCAAAUGAAUUUUCAUCUCAGAGUUAGUUACAGAACUGUGUUUUUGUUUUUGUUUUAAUCUAUUUAGUCUGGUUACUUUAAUGGCCAUUUUAUGUCAUGUCCAGUUCCUAAGAACCUCUGAAUUUGUUGUCCAGGUAAAAAUCUAAAUGAUAGUUAGCUUAGACUCAUACAUAAAAGAAUAAAAUUGUGGUUAGGUAGAAUGUGUUUUGAUGUAUUAAUUUUUCGAGAAAAUUAGUUUAAAAAUGCCUUUUAAUUUUAUUGAGUUGCUUCUCUAGAAAUACACUUUCUUUAUAUUUAAAGUAAAUUACCUUAGCAAAGCAGUCAAAGCGAGAUGUAUUAUUCUUUUCAAGAGUUGCAAAAAAUAGUGCAGAAUUCCUGUAUAUCCAAUAUUAAUCUUCCCCUUUUGUUAAAUGUUAUGUAACCAUAGAACUUUUACAAAACUAAUCAACUAGACUUUGUACAGUACAGUUAAGACAUCAUUUAAUUUUGACUACCUAUUUUUAUUAAAGGGUAUUUCUUGAGACCAAUUCUACCAUUUUUUUUCUUUUUUAUUAAUUUAAGUCAGUAAUUUAUAAACAAGAUAAAAACUGAUAUCAGUCUACCGUAAAUUAAUGUUUACAGGGAGAUAAUAUAACUUCUUAGUGGAACCAUAUACUGGCAAAGGAUUAUAAUGCUGCUUUUUUAUAUAUAAUUUAGAUUUUAUGUCAUUUUAAUUCUAUUAAGUUUAAAUUGGUUUGUUUAUCUUUAGAAAAUUCUUCCAUCACCAUCUUAAGUGAAGAGAAUGUUAGUUCUUGAAAAUGCUUUAAGGUGACUUUGGGUUAUUGUUCCUCUGCCCCUGCUUUUUAUUUAAGUCAGUCGUUCAACAGCCUGAAAUGCAUGCCAUGCAUUAUAUCCACAUUAAAAAAAAUUGUAACAGUUCAUUUAUAAGGUCUGGUAUCAGUUUUGGGAUAUUUGGUAAUGUAUGUGUAACCUUUUAUUUGUUUUUGUUUUUGUUUUUUUUUAACAGCCAGGUUACUAUUAAGUUACCAACUAAGAAUAAGUAACAGGUUAUUCUUUAUUUUCAUUGCAAAUUAUUUUGACGUGCCAUUCAUAUUUAAUAUUUAAUUUGUAUUCUUUUGCGUAUAUCAUAAUUUUAACCACACCUCAGUUCUGAAAUGCAGGCUAUUCAGUCGAGCUUGUUUUUAGGUUUUAUUAAGAGGAUUUUGUUUCAUUUCUUUUCUUUUUUCUUUUUUUUUUUUUUGUUAAAUGGAUGUUAGGGUAGUUUUUCUCCCUGACUGUUUCCCUUACUUCCCAGAUAUCUUACAGCUUAAAAUCUCAUCUAGAGUUGCAUGGCUUGCCUUUUCUAAAAGUUAAUUUUAGAAGACUAGGACUUUAUACAUGUGUAUUAUCCCUAAAAUACUGGUCUUGCAAAGUUUUUCUUCUGCCUAGAAUUGUUCGAUUGAGUUUUCAUAUUGUUUUGGACUGUGAUGAAUGUUCCUUCAAGAACAAUUUUGUAGGUAGUGUGCUUUUGUUAUAUGUGUAUUAAUGACUUAGUUUUCUAAUUUAGUGGGUCAACUUUAAUGUCCAUUAAAGUUGGGAAAAAAAAAAAAAAAAAAAACCUCCAGCAUUAAACGUUUUUAUAUU